UGUUCGGCUGUUGGCCCUGGCUUCCUCGGUGUGAUACCGCAAACAGCAGGCAUGGCAGGGCAUCCGGUUGACCCAGUGUUGUUGAUACCAUCAGCAUCCGAAUCACAUUCCCCCUCCACCCGUUGCAUUUAUCUUUCUGCCUUCACUUCUUGUCCCAGACCCUCUGUCAACUCACCUCAACGUCUCCGUCUCGGAUUUCUAAUUGCUGACACCAUGCUUUAGUCUCCGAAAUCACUUUCCGCAUCAAUCGUGUUCAUCAUGUCCUGCACCGCCGUGCAAGCCGCGGCAAACCCCGGCUGGGGGAGUCCUGCUCCGACUCAGAGUAUGACUGCCGACUCGCCGUGGGGUAAUGAUGAGGCUGGUGCUAAGACCAUGGCGGUCGACUCCGCCUGGGGUGAUGAUGGUGGUGUCAAGAUUGCGUCUGCCGAUUCGACCGGGGGCGAGAACGGUGGCAUUCAGGCCGCCAACGGUGAUAACGAGGGGAAUGACGGCCUAUCUGCCCCAGCCGGCGAACUCGAUGGUGGUGCUGGCGACGGUGGUUGCUUCAACUGCGGCAAGCCUGGCCACAACAAGGCUGAUUGCCCGAACCCGCGCGUCUUUUCUGGAACUUGCCAUCGAUGCAGUGAGGAAGGACAUAUGAGCAAGGAUUGCCCGCUGCCGGUCGUCUGCAAGAAUUGUGGCAAAGAUGGCCAUACCGCUUCCGCGUGUGAGAACGCCCGCAAGGUUGAUCGCAGCGAAUACCCCGACAUGACCUUGGAGGCUGCCUGGGAGCUUCUCAUGGCGGCCGUCGAGGAACAAGACAUCGAGGACAUCAAAGCGGCUGUCCAAAUCUAUGUGAAGGCCGCCCCGGAAACCACGUUCGCCGAACUGGAGGAGGCAUUCCGCUCUCAGGAAGUCGGUCUCUGGUUGAUUGCCGUUGAAAAGCCUCACCUGGCGGCGACUUUCACCCACAUGGACCUCCAGGGCAACUUGGGUAAGAAGUACAACGUUACUUACCGCUUCGGCCCGAACCCACCCCGUCCUCGUGAGCGCGAGGUUUGGCCCCAGAGCGCCGAAGAGAACAUGGAACGGCUCAAGGAUGCCGGAGAAGUUGUUGAACUUGGCAUUCCCAAGUGCCGCAACUGUGAUGAGCUCGGCCAUAUCUCCAAGAGUUGCCCACAGGAGAAGCAAGAGCCCCAGGGUGUCGUCGCUAUCAAGUGCUUCAACUGCGAAGGCGAGGGUCACCGUAUCCGCGACUGCCCGGUUCCGCGUGUCAACAAGUUCGGUUGCCGGAACUGCGGCAAAGAUGACCACAAGGCUAGCGACUGCCCCGAGCCUCGUUCAGCGGAAGGUGUUGAGUGUCGGAAGUGCAACGAGAUUGGCCACUUCUCCAAGGAUUGUCCCAAGGCUGGGCCACGUGGUUGCCGCAACUGUGGCGAGGAAGGCCAUUUUUCGAAGGAUUGCACCGAGCCACGGAACAUGGCCAACGUCCAGUGCCGUAACUGCGACGAGUUCGGGCAUACGAACAAGGAAUGCCCCAAGCCUCGUGACAUCACUCGCGUGAAGUGCUCUAACUGCCAGGAGGUGGGCCAUUUCAAGUCCAAGUGCCCCAACCCCAUCAAGGAGGAAGAUGACAAUGACAAUGGAGGAUUUGGCAACACGAAUGGCGGUACUCUCGAGGCUGACACUAAUGGCCUCGGCGGUGGCGACUUCGGCCCAGAUGCUCCUGCUGGUGGUGGUGAAGAGGCUUGGGGCACCACUCCAAGUGCCGGCAUCACUUCCGCCUGGUAAGAUGGCUUCAAUAUCAGGGCACACGAUCCAGCAUAACACUCCGUUCUUUGCCGUCAUGUCUUCGUACAAUUGCUGGGAAAGUUGAGGGGUUGUUCAUUUUCCGGAUCAUCUAGAAAUAUGCUGGCCGAUGAUCUCCUGGAUCCAUAUGUUUCCUGCUCGUUUGUCCACGGACACCCAGGUUAGACAGACAUGCUUCCUUGUUAUGGAGAUAGCCUCAUAUAGGUACUCAAAUUGAAAAUCGAUCAA